GGUCAGAUGUCCGAGGAACACGUGAAGGCAACAACAGUUUAGCGCACAGAGUUGAGAUAUAUUCGUGGCCAUGGACGAAAAUCCGAGAAGUGCGGACGCCAGUUUUGCUCCAGACCCAGGGGGGGCAGGAACGGCGACGCAAGACGCCCCACGUGACCCCAUGAUCUGCCGGCGGCUGAGCGAGCAGGGCCGCUUCGCCUUCGCUGCGCUGUGUGGGGUCUCCCUGGGCCACUUGUUCACCGGCCCGGAAAGCAGCGGGUUCAGGGAAGAGUAUCUGCAGGGCUUGGUCUGCUGGCUGAACCUGGAUGAGUCGGUGAUGCCGGUGAUGGUGGCUUUCCUGUCCGGCCUGGGCUUCGAGGGCUCCGACACCUUCCUCUCCAUCCUGCAGGCCGAGCCCCUGCUGGCUGCGGGGUCCACCCCCAUCAUACAGGAUUUGGUGUCGUUUUCCAUCAAGGACGGCCAAUACGACGCCAGGUCGAGGGUGCUCAUCCGUCAUGUCAGCUGUCUGCUGCGAGUCUUCCCGCAGCAGCUGGAGGAGUUCGAGGAAACGCUGGGAGAGAGGCUGAGGGAGGUGGCAGAGGAGAGCGAAGAGGAGUCCUUUCGGCGGCUGAGGCGAGAGAGAGGGCGAAAGCUGCGGCGUUACCUCCUCAUUGGACUGGCCACCGUCGGCGGGGGAGCCGUGAUCGGCGUGACAGGUGGGCUGGCAGCCCCCUUGGUGGCAGCAGGGGCCGGUGCCGUGCUGGGGGCCGGAGGGGCCGCUGCUCUGGGCUCCGCCACCGGCAUUGCAAUCAUGGCCUCCCUGUUCGGGGCAGCGGGAGCGGGACUGACUGGCUACAAGAUGAACAAGUGCGUCGGGGCGAUAGAGGAAUUUGAGUUCCUGCCGCUGAGAUCCGGGAAGCAGCUCCACCUGACCAUCGCGGUGACGGGGUGGCUCUGCAGCGGCAAAUACAGUUCGUUCCAGGCCCCGUGGGGCAGCCUGGGAGAGUGCGGCGAGCAGUUCUGCCUGGUGUGGGAGUCGCGCUUCCUCAGGGACCUGGGCUCGGCGAUGGCCUCCCUGCUGGACGGGCUGGUCAGCAUGGUGGCCCAGGAGGCGCUCAAGUACACGGUGCUCUCAGGCAUCGUGGCGGCCCUGACGUGGCCCGCGUCGCUGCUGGCGGCGGCCAGCGUCAUCGACAACCCCUGGAGCGUUUGCCUGAACCGCUCGGCGGAAGUGGGGAAACACCUGGCGCAGGUUUUGAGAAGCAGACAGCAGGGGAAGCGGCCCGUCAGCCUCAUAGGAUUCAGUCUCGGGGCCCGAGUGAUCUACUACUGCCUGCAGGAGCUCGCCAAUGAAGGUAGUGAAGGAGUAGUCGAGGAUGUAGUCCUCUUGGGGGCCCCCGUGGACGGCUCUGAGAAGGCCUGGGCGAGAAUGACCAAGGUAGUGGCUGGAAAAAUAGUGAACGGCUACUGCAGAGGGGACUGGCUCCUGGGGUUCUUGUACCGGAGUUCAGCUGCGCAACUGUCGGUCGCCGGGCUGCAGCCAAUCAACAUCCAGGACCGGCGGAUCAUCAAUGUAGAUCUCUCCUCCGUGGUGAAAGGCCACUUGGACUACAUGCGCCAGAUGGACACCAUCUUGGUGGCAGUGGGAGUCCCCACCAAGGAAGUCCCAGGAGCCUCCUUUGUGGUCCCGACGACGGUGGACGAGGCCCCCGGCGAGCAGCGAGCGGCCGAGAUGCAGCGGCGAGCCGAGGAGGCUGAGACUCGCGCGGGAGAGGCGACGCAGGCGGAGGAGGCCGUUGACGGCUGGGACAUCCCUGAUAUUUCGGACUUGCUGGACUCCUUCAGUGACGCGGAGUCGGACAGGGACGCUUCGCCGCGUAUUUCCGAGGAGAAGAAGGCAAGUGACGGUGGCGAGCCUGAUGAUGAACGCGCAUCGUGGAGCUGGGAUGAUGAUACACGCUGGACUGCAGAGAGCACACACAAACAAAGGCGGCCAAACUUGUAAAGAGCAUGUCACUGGGACCGGCUGCUUCGUCUCAGCUCGGCUUCUCAAGUUGUCUUUGUUUUGUUUUUCCAGCAUUGGAGAACAAAUCCGCUCCGUUGUCGACACACACACACACACACACACACACACGGCAGCCUCCAGUAAAAAUCCCCCUGAAUGGACUGCUUUUAGACUGACGUAUUAAUUUAAUUUAAAUUUAAAAAAUGAAGUACUUUUUUGUGAAUAGUGUCUUUUUUUUUACGUCACUUAGCGAUCAGAUACCUGUACACAUUACUUGCGUUUCGCAGGCGUUACAGGAUGCUGCGAAACAGGUGACAUCGUCCUUCUCAUUUUCAUCCGCUGGCCUGGUUGCUAUGGAUAUUAUCACAGCAAUUUAAUUUCCAUACGUAAUUCUGAAUGUGUCUUCCUCAAGGCCUUUUUUCUCUCAAUCUUGAUUCCACCCAUGCCAAUGUUGUGCUGCUUCCCACAUAGUUUAAAGGGUUUUCAUUACAUUGUAUACUGGCACUGAUAACAGUUAUUCUUAUUGUGGUAAUGCACCUUCAUGAUUGGAGACAAACAAGGGUGGAGCUUCCUGAAUUUGUUUCCCACAGACAGCUCUUCUUCAAUCCCUUCCCCACCACAAAACAACCCGGGACGAGAACAUAUGAAGCGUUUUCCAUGACGUCGCUAUAUUCAAUCCAGGGUGUCGACCUGAUUGGGCAGAAGCAGAGGCUGCUCGGCGUCCAGCAGGUUGACCGCGUCAGUGGCGGUGGCCGGGGGGUGCGCGGGGUCGGAGGCCAACGGGGAGGGGGUGCUGCUGGCGGCGUUCGGCUCUCCGGAGUUGCGGAGGGAGAGCGAGAGGGCCGGCGAGGGUCUCCGGGGCGACGGCGAGGAGCAGCAGGGCAAGAGCCUCCCGAGCGCCCGCUUGAAGUCCCUCAUGAACAGCGGGUAGAUGAUGGGGUUCAUCGUGCUGUUGCAGUAGCCCAGCCAGGUGAUGGCGUCGAAGAGCGCGAGGGGGACGCACUCGCACACCGCCUGGAUGGAGACCAACGGAGAGCAACGCCGAAGCGUCAGGGGAAUUUAUGGUUCAAAAUGGGAAAAUUAUUCAAAUGAGUUGAAAUGCAUUCAUGACACGUGUUAGACCUUAAAGAGUCACACCUUUUAAUUAUAAUAGAAUGUAUAGCGAGAAGGAAAUGGAUAGAGUAAAUGUAUUUAUGUAUUGUCCAUUGAUGUAACUAUUUAGCCUUUUAAAUGUAUAUAGUAUAUAAAAUAUAUAGUAUUUAUGUUCUUCCAUCCCAAAAAAAAUGUGUUCUUAGCAAAUUUUGCAUUUUAAUAGACUACCGUUUUCUAAUUAAUUGCACAACUGAAUUAUUCAAAAUCUAUAGUGCAUAUAUAUAUAUAU